AUGGCCGAAGCACAGCUCAACGAUUUCCCCUCCCUCUUCUCCCUCAAGGGCAAGGUCGCCGUCGUCACCGGCGGCUCCCGUGGCCUCGGCCUACACGCCGCGUCAGCCUUCCUCCAAGCAGGCGCCUCCAAAGUCUUCAUCUCCUCCCGCAAGGGCGCCGCCUGCGACGAAGCAUGCAAAGCCCUCAACGCCCUGCCCAACCUCCAGCCCGGCGCCGUCGCGAUCCCGAUCCCCGCGGACGCCGCGUCCAUCAAGGGCGUGGAGCACCUCGUCGCCGAAGUCAAGAAGCACGCCGACCGCGUCGAUAUCCUGUUCGCCAACGCGGGCGCUACCUGGGGUGAGGCGUUUGACACGCACCCGGACGAGGCGUUUGCCAAGGUGAUGGAUUUGAAUGUCAAGGGUGUGUUUAACACCAUUCGGCUGUUUACGCCGUUGCUCGAGAAGAGCGUUGCUGCGAAUAAGGGCGGCAACGGGGAGCCGGCAAAGGUUAUUAUCACGGCUUCCGUUGCGGGCUUGGGGAUCGGUACGCUGGGGAAGCAGGGGACGUACGGGUACAGUGCCAGCAAGGCGGCCGUGUUGCAUCUCGGUCGUAACUUGGCGCUGGAGCUUGCGCCGAGGGGGAUUACGGUGAAUUCUAUUGCUCCGGGCUUCUUCCCGAGUAAGAUGUCGAAUGGCCUCUUGGAGAUGGGCGGCGGUGCGGAUAAGAUUGGAAAGGGGAACCCGAUGGGACGAUUGGGACGGGCGGAGGAUAUUGCGGGCGCGGUGGUGUAUCUUGCUAGUCGGGCUGGGUCGCAUGUUAACGGGGAGGUUAUUGCCAUUGAUGGCGGGUCGUUGUGGCAGAGGGGGGAGUUGAAUGUUCCUCCUAGCAAGCUGUGA